UAUACUGAUAACGACCCCCACAGCUGCACGGAAUAUUUUGCUGAUAACGAGGUACGAACUUGUAUUUCCUCUUCCAUAUAAAUGUUUAAGUCACUGUCUCAGAACACAGCGCAGCAGAUCACCCGCAGAUACACAGCUCGGGCGUGAAGGGUCCCCGAUGGCGACCUGGGAGCAUUGGUCUUGCCGCUGUCCGCCCACCAGGAGCAUACUCCACGAGGAGGCGGAAAGAGCAGCCCUUCAGGGUCGUGUCGACGAGGUCGUGAAUUGGCUGUUGGAUGGAAACGAUAUCAAUGCUCAGAAUGCCGAUGGAAAUACCAUGCUCCAUCUGGCCUGCGUGCGUGACCAAAGCGACGUCGUGCGAGAACUCCAGCGCCACCCCCGGCUGCAUCGCAAUCUGCGCAACGACCAAGGAUGCACUCCGCUCUCCUUGGCUGCGCGAUUCGACCACGUCCUCUGUGCCGCCCUCGUCACCGACAGGGCUCUUGCGUGUCGCUGUAAUUUGAUGGCUCGUGACAAUGACGGGAACACGCCGCUGGCAGUAGCAAUCAAAUACAACAGAUGGGAGGUGUUUGAUCUUCUGUUGAGUAGAUUUGGUGCAGAGAGAACAUUUGACAGAAACAAUGCAGUUGCUAUCAAAUGCAACGAUGUGUCAAGGAUAAAACAAGCACUGCAACUUCGGAGAUGGAGCAUCACGACAAUGAACUGUGGACUGCUGGUUGCUGCCAAUCUGGGAAACUGGACAGCGCUGAACGCUUUCCUGACGCACCCGUAUUACCGCGAGACGGCGAGGUCCAUCCGUGCAACAGGCCGAGAUCAAGCACUGCUCGCAGCCACGCUCUUGCAGGCUGCAGAGAGCAAGCGGUGGUCAGUCGUAGAAGACCUUGCCUGUGCCAUCCAAACAUCCCGACAGUAUUUUACAUCUUCGACCAAGGCUGCUAGUGAACCAUGUCCGACGACGUUCCUCGCCACCAAACUACUCCCGAAAAUCCCCCCUCGUGCAUUCACAUCACCACCACUGAGUUCAGCGAGUGAUGAAGCUUGAACUCCUUCAGCU